AUGACGUCCCGCGAAGAAACCGUCCUAGCUCCCACCGAUCCCUCUAUCACUGAUGAGAAUGAUUGGUGGGAGUUCGGCCUGACCGAUGUGAAGGUCCUAAAGCCUGGGAAGAUGCUAUAUGCAAAUCUACUGGAUGCUACCGAGCAGAACCCAGUACAGGUGAUUGGUUGCCUAGAGCCACUUCGUGAAGACCAGGAACACUUAGUGCUCAACCCGGACAACCCCCCUAAGCGCAUUAUUAUCGAUGAGGUCACACACUAUGCCUACGGUCAAACUGAAGAUAAGAGCAUUGAGCUCUGGGUUGCUGGUAAGGCGGGCUGGUACGACAUCAUUUCGCCCGCCAAGGGUUUCACACCCACAUACAAUCGCAUGGUCCAGGCUAUUGAUAUGUUGUAUUUCCUGGUUGAUAAACAUCAGCAAGGCAAGAAACAGAUCAAUCCGUCAUUUAGGAGUCUCUGUGAACAAUACACAUACCACACAUAUGGCUCGUGUGAAACCCGAGAACAGUCAGCUGAGGUCUUUGCGAUGCAUGCCACCUUCUUGCUUCGCUGCAUGAUCCAAGGUGAUUCGGAUGUGGAUUGGAAAAAGACAAAUGUCUUCGUCCAUCUACGUCGCCAAUUCAAUGAUGACUAUAAUAGGCUAAUGGAGGAGCUUUCGCCCUCUGAGGAAAGUGAAACCGAACCCCAAGACGAACCAGAAGUGGCAACUCCUCGACAUCAACCCGCAGCAAUCUCAAAGUCACAAGCCGAUGCCAUCUAUCACUUGCUCAAGGACCUCAGAGAAGAAGGUCACUUGGCAAAGCGCCGCCUGCAUAUCGACCUACUGGGAGAACGCUUGGCAGAACGGUUCUCUUUCAGCAAGGAAGAUGCCCAGAAAAUUAUUGCUAUCAGGGCAGAUGCCGUGCUGGAAAUGAUGGACGAAGAAGACUUCAGAUGGCCCCGUUAUGUCAUCCAUAGGGAACUCACACAUGCAUCCACGAAAUCCGCCCCUCUGCCAGCUGCACUCUUAACUCCCCUGGAUUCGCAGGAAGAAUCCAGCGACGACGAACGGUACGGCCGGACUCAGAAGUCUGUACUACGCCCAAAAGUCCACACAGUCUCCAAUAAAGUGACCGGCAAACGAAACCGCAAUGCCUCCACAAACCAGCAGACAGUCGAAUCCAACGACGAAGAAGACCAAGAGGACACGGAUGAAAUCGAUGAAAUCGAAACACCCAGCAAAACCCGCGGCCAUGAAUUAAUCAGAGAUCCAUUCGCAGCCACAAAGCCUCGCACUCGCUCAUUCUUAGCAGCUUCGAGCGGUGCCAGCUCCUCUCUUAUGAAGAGCCUAUUCAAGGACAAUAUCAAGAAAGACAAGCCCCAGACACCACCCGUAUCUUCGUCGCCAACAAGCCAAAAGCUUUCCACCCCAGAGCGGGAUCCAACUCCAGAUACAUCACAGGAAGUUGAAGAUAUCAUCGACGAGAUACCUGAUACCUGGACAUGUCGCAUGCCUGGAUGCGAGAAGAUAAUCUCGACCACCGACAGAAUUGAGCGCAAGAAGCUUAUCGGUGACCAUGCCGGCGAGCAUGAGUGGGAAACACAGAUGAAGGUUGAGUUGAUGGAAGCGGAGAAACGCAUGCAUUCUUCCUUCCCCGUCAACAAUCUCAUGCAAUACGUCAUCGACGCACACGUGCUCCAAAUGCGCGCUGCAUUCCCAGAGUUCUACUCAAGUAAACAAAAUGGCACCGCGAACGGCGACCUUCCGGAUGAAGAGAGAUCCAUUCCAGAGACCGAGCAGAUCGACGACGAAGAUGAUGAAGAUCAGGAGCUUGAUGAUCUUGCGAAUGGAUACGCCUGA